AACAAGCAAGGAAGACAAGGAUAGCGGUUCUUGUUUUCCGACUGCCCUGGCAGCAGACGGUCGAGCCCAAAGACAGCUGAAGAGGCUGGGAGGUCAACGUUUUGCCGUUUGCGGUUUAGCGCGACAACUCAUAACCAGGACAACCGGCCGCUUAUGUCAUCCACGGUGGUGUUCCUGAGGCCGCAAUGGUCCCACCGCCCGUGGCGCCAGGCCUAUCAGGAUCCACCAAUUAAGCAGGCUAUCUAAUCAAUCAAUCAAUCAAUCAGCCCGCGCCAUCGGGGCUCACGCGGACACCGCAAGUGUUCGUGCAGCUGGCUUAUCUCGACAACCAUGUCCGCCCUGAGAACCAACUUCCCCUAGACAUGUUCUCAUCUUUGGGGCUCUCGCUCACUUGAAACCCUAUGUUCUUGAUCCUGGCUCCUUCCAUAUCAUCAUGUCUCAAACUGAGAUCUUCGUCAAGGCCCUCUCGCGGCUCCUAGGCUGGAUAUAUACGAUCUGCUGGUCAGCAUCAUUCUAUCCCCAGCCGAUUCACAACAUACAACGCCGCUCGACCACCGGUCUUUCUAUCGACUUUCCCUCCAUCAAUGUCCUCGGAUUUGUGUGUUACAUGAUUUACACAGCGGCAUUCCUUUACUCUCCUGUGAUUCGCGACCAGUACGCGGCCCGCAACCCAGUGUCACCGGAACCUACCGUGCGUUUCAACGAUUUUGCUUUUGCCCUCCACGCCGUGGCCCUGAGCGCUAUAUAUUACAGCCAAUUUUGGCCUUGGAUAUGGGGAUUCAAAGUGUCGCGGUAUCAGAGAAUUAGCAGGCCCGUCGCUGGUAUAUUCUGGGGCUCCUUGGUCGCUAUCGCGAUCGUGGUUGCUAUCGUGCGCUCUAAGAGCCCCGAUGGCGGCUACGAUCCGUCGUCGUGGGCAUGGAUCGAUGUUAUCUACACAAUGUCGUAUGUGAAGCUCGUCAUCACGGUUGUGAAAUAUAUCCCCCAGGCAUGGGUCAACUACAAGCGGAAAUCCACCGUCGGUUGGAGCAUUUCCACUAUCUUGUUCGAUAUAACUGGUGGAGUUCUCUCCCUGCUCCAAUUGAUCAUCGACUCGAGCUUCCAGAACGAUUGGAGCGGCAUCACGGGCAACCCAGCCAAGUUCUUGCUUGGCAAUGUUACGAUCUUCUUUGACCUGAUCUUCAUCGUGCAGCACUAUAUACUGUACCGAGAGGCCCGUGAGAAGAAAGACGACACUCAUGCACCCACACUGCGGACUCCGCUGCUGUCUGCCGCCGGAGAACUGCCAAGGUAGGGGCUUUGGAUAUUAACCCGAUAACUGCAUGACUACCACUCCCUGAGCGCUUCGAAAGAAGCAAAUAGACAAUGGGUAGACGACAACUUUACUCUGUCGUGGAACGGCACGGGUUGGAUAAAGCUCCAGGAGAGCAGCGAUUAGAUUGACAUUGACCAUUCCUACAUACCAGUUUCCAUCCGUGCCCCUUUUUUUGGCCUGCACCAAUCUCGCGGUGAUAGACCUGACGGGGAUCUCAGAGACCUGGUCAGAAUUCAUUUCUUUGAAAGAACUACUAGACUACCUUGGCUAUAUCCAGAAUAUAUUCUUAACC